GUUUUUAGUCAUUUAAGAAUACUUGAGCCAGUUGGUUGGUUCUAGUGCUAUCUGCUGAGAAAAUGGCUAAGUUCGAAGUUUUGUCGGCUUUGUUGCUCGUCGCGUCAACAGCUUUUGCGUAUGAAGUUCCAAAGGCUGAAUUUAAAAUAUUCUAUCCCAAGGGAUUUGAGGUGUCUAUUCCGGCUGAAGAAGGUGUCACAUUGUUCGCCUUCCAUGGCAAACUCAACGAAGAAAUGGAUGGAUUGGAGGCUGGACGCUGGGCCAGAGAUAUUUUGAAGCCUAAAAAUGGAAGAUAUAUAUUCAAAGAACGUGAAACUAGUUUGAAGCUAGGAGAUACCAUCUACUACUGGACUUACGCUAUUUACAAUGGACUAGGUUACAGGGAAGACGAUGGAGUGUAUGUAGUAACAGCUUUUGAAAAUGACAAUUCUAAGACUCCGAUGGUGACAGUAGCUCCACCUCCAACACAGCCGGGUUCAGGUGAUGCUUCGUGUCGUUCCAGUAUCACGAGAAUGAACAAAGAUUUGCCUGUUAGAUGUGCCGGCCAGAUCCUCUUUGAGGAAGAGUUCAACAACAACCAAUUGGAUUCCAGCAAAUGGGUGAUGGAGCGGCGAUUCACAACUCAGCCUGAUUAUGAGUUUGUAAUUUACUUGCUGAACAAUGAAGUCCUGAAAGUUCGUGAUAGUAAGGCAAUUAUCAAGCCCAUUGCUACCACAAGUGUGUACGGCGACAAAUUCUUGCGCAAGGAAUUCAAUCUGGGAACCAAUUGUACCGGAAUUUUGGAUACCGAAGAUUGUAUGCGAGCAGCAAGGACUUUUGAUAUCCUGCCUCCUUUCAUAUCGUCACAGUUCUCGACGAAAAAUUCAUUUACUUUCAAAUACGGACGCGUGGAAAUACGUGCAAAGAUGCCAAAUGCUCCUUGGGUUUUCCCACAGCUGUUCCUCGAACCAGUCGACACACGUUACGGCUCAAAGAACUACCAAUCCGGACAGAUGAGAAUUGCCAUGAGUCGCAGCAGUGGUGGUGAUUUGGCAAACGAACUUUUCGGUGGUGUUAUUCUCAACGCCGAGGAGCCUUUUAGAAACGAGAAGCUAUGUAAGAGGAAUGGUUCACCAAUAGAUUGGUCAGCUGACUUCCAUGUGUUCACAUUGGAAUGGUUGCAAAGUAAAAUCGUUGUUAGUGUCGAUACAGAGGAGUACUGUACCAUCGAACAGAGUGAUAAUGGAUUUUCAAGUUUGAUGGCAGGUGGGAAAUCCCUGCCCAAUAAGGAAUAUUUGGAAGCUGGCUCAAAAAUGGCACCAUUCGAUCAAGAAUUUUAUAUUAAAUUGGGUUAUGGCAUUGGUGGACAUAAGGACUUCCCAGACGAUACUACGCUGUGGCUGAAAGAGAAACCAUGGACAAAUGGACAUCCUAAGGCAAUGAAAUAUUUCUGGGACAAACAAAAGAGGAACUGGAAUCAGUGGUUGAGCUCGUCGGCUGCUCUGGAAAUUGAUUAUGUUAGGGUUUAUGCAGUUUAGUGAGGAAAAAAAGAAAAAAUAUAAAAUAAAGAUUUUUUACUUUAUUAAACAAAAA